AUGAAGUCCUCGCACAGCCUCGCGACCCUCAGGAUCUCGGAGUGGGAGAAGCAGUACGUCCGCUACGGGGUAUUAAAGACCAUGCUGGCUGCGGGGGAGAGAGGAGCACACUGGAAUGAAGGAUCUAGUGUGGGUUACCAGUCUGGCAGCAGAGUUUUGGACAUGUUGGAGAUAGAUGUGGAGGCCUCUCACAGGCAUUGUCAGGCUGCACAGGAUGGUUUCUUCCAGGCCUGUGAUAGAGAGCUGGUUAAAGUCAACCUCUUCUACUCAGAGAAACUGACGGAGGCUCACAGGUGGCUGUGCUCGGUGAGGGACAUGGUGCAGGCGGGGACGGAGAGCCGGGGAGGAGGGGCGGGGUGCAGCUCGCUGUGGACUGCAGGGGGGCUGCUGCAUGCCUACAGACAGACCAGGAGACGGCAGGCCGAGAGAGAACUCAGGCAGGCCAUUAGAGACGUGCACCUCAGUCUGGUUCUGCUGCAGAACUACAGGGAGCUGAACUAUGCAGUUUUCUGUAAGAUUAUGAAGAAACAUGAUGCCAGCUUCACUUCCACUCGGGGUUUGAAAUGGAGGAACGAGAAGCUGGAUGUCUCUCCUCUCCACAGUGACAUCAAACCCAACCAGCUGAUCUCUGAGCUGGAGUCUCUCAUGUGCCAUCUCACCGGAGGGGACCGAAUGGAAGCCAUGAAGAGGCUGCAGGUGCCAACUGCUGUGGGGCUGCAGCCUGUCCCAGGGUGGGCCGCCUUUCGGAUGGGGGUGAUCUGCGGGCUGGUGUUAGCCCUCCUCUUCCUUAUUAUUGUCCAAGUUUCACAGGCACCUGAGUGGACAGCCCUGAGGCCCUUUUUACAGCUCUACAAAGGGGGCUUCCUGCUCAUCCAGUUCAUCUUCCUGCUGGGGGUCAACAUGCACAUCUGGAAGAAGGCGGGUGUCAACUACGUCCUCAUAUUUGAGCUGGACCCAAGGGACCAUCUCUCAAACCACCAUCUUUUUGAGAUCGCAGGGUGCUUAGCGCUGUGUUGGGGUGUCAGUUUCCUGGCUUGUCUGCACGCCCCCCUCCUGCCAGUACCUCUGCAGCUCCAGCCCCUGGUAUUCUACUCUCUGCCCGUCCUGCUUCUGCUGAACCCCACGCCAACUUUCCACAGCUCCGCCCGCCGCUGGCUCAUCACGCUGCUGUGCAGGCUACUCUUCACCCCGUUCCACCCCGUCACAUUUGCCGAGUCCUGGUUGGCCGAUCAGCUGAACAGCCUGAGUCCACUGCUCCUGGACCUGUGGGGUCUUCUCUACUUCUACACAUGUGAAGUGGACUGGGGAGACCCCUCCACCCUCAACUCGCCCCCCAUUGGGCGCCUGCAGGACAGACUGACGUGCCUGAUUCAGUGCCUCCCGCCCUGGCUGCGUUUCACCCAGUGCCUGCGCAAAUUCUGGGACAGCGGCAACGCCACCCCACACCUCCUCAACGCCGGAAAAUACUCCACUGUCUUCCUCAUGGUCGCCUUCGCUGGACUCUACAGUUUGGCCAGAGAGCGCCCUCACCUGGUGAGUGUGAGGACGUACCUGUACCUGUGGGCGGUUGCCACCUGCCUCAGCGUACUGGUGACCAUCACCUGGGACCUGAGGAUGGACUGGGGUCUUCUUCAGGGGUACGGCCUGCUGCGAGAAGAGAUGGUCUACCGCCGCAGGGCCGUUUACUACAGCGCCAUGCUCGCAGACGUUAUCCUGAGGGUGUCCUGGGCGCUCAACAUUGUCCUAGCCCAGAUGGGCAACUCAGACUCUGUGGCUACUCUCUCCACCCUGCUGGCCCCUCUGGAGGUCUUCAGGAGAUUCAUAUGGAACAUUUUUCGGGUGGAAUGCGAGCACCUGAACAACUGCUACCAUCUGCGGGUGGUACCAGAACUUCACCUGACCCCGCUGACCCCGAACCACCACUCCCUCCUGGAGAGCAUCAUGGACCAGGAAGACCUGGCAAAGGAUCAUGGGAAAUGUAGUACGGUGAAGAGGAAGCCUAAUUUGACGCUCUGGUGUCCAAGGUGA